AUGAAGUUCGUACUUUUGCAAAUUUUCAUAGCUGCAAUCAUAGCUCUCAAUGCACCACAUAGUAGCUACUUCUAUUGUGGAAACCAAGCACAGACAUUCACUUCCUUUUACGAUUAUGCCAAGUUCAUUUUUCCCAGGUUGGUCACUGAACAUUCCUGAAUAUACACUUUGACGGUCCCUACCAAGUUUUACCAAGGAAUUUCUCUGAAUGCUCGAAUGGAGAGCAACAGCAGUCUGAGCUUCUACUUCAAGGUAGAUGCCAGCCCCGCCUCUCAGACAAUCAUCUUGACUCCAAAUACAACUUCAAAUCAGACAGCACACCUAUACUCUGAAGGAUCUGAGUAUCUCACAGACAAAGACACUGAGCAGUUUACUCUUGUUCUCAUUCCAAUGGUCGGAGUUGGUGGGGUGAUGGAGGUUACUGUUACAGGAAUUAAAAGAUCGGAGACCAAAGACCAGAAUUAUAUCAUAAUAGUUCUCAUUCCAAUAUGAGUAUUUCUCCUAUGUGCUUUCUGAUGCAUCCUUAUUAUACCUAAGCUCAAAUGCAGAAAGAACAAGCAAAAUACAGUAAAAAUUAAUGCUGAUAUCUUGAGGUUUCAGAACAUCAUCCAGAAUCAACAUGAAAAUGAGGAUGAUGCCCAAAGUGUAUCUUUUGAGCAAGCAAUGAGGUAUAACAACUACCUCAUCAUGAAAGACUCAAAACAAGCUUUAAACAUAAAUGAUGUAAAUGUAUUAGAUAUAAAUCGUCAAGACAACAUGAAAGCUGAAGACCAAAUCCACACAGGAAGCUUCAUAUCUUUGCAAAGCAACAAGAAUUCUUCAAAAGCCUUGAAGGAUUUCCAAACUCUUGUUGAACUAGGUCUCAUUGAUGUUGACGAAAUCCGAGAGCAAAGAUUUGGAGGAGCUUAAAUAUUCUAAUUUGUAUGAUUUUAUUGAUGUCAACCUG